AAUAGAUUGAUAGCGAUGGUGAUGGCUACAUCUUGCGUUCAGAACUGAAGAAAUACUUGCUUAAUACACCCGUCAGUGAUGUUCCCUUAACAGAUGACAUGGUUGACAGUAUGUUUAUACCAUGUAGACUAUAAUAAUGAUGGGUAUAUCAACUUGCAAGAAUUUUAUGCACUGGUAAACGUUCCAGUUGAUGCUGGCACACGAUCAGUGGUACAGAGAACACUUGUUGCAACAGCAUUCUCUAUUGCACCAAGAUCCCAAGUGUCUCAUGGAGAUCGGCAUUAUAUUGCUGAGUACUCCUGCCCCACCACCUUUGGUUAUUCCUUUUUGUUUUGUGCUGCUGAGGUAGGUGUAUUUAUAUACUAUGCUGUGAAUAUGGGAAAUGUUGGUCCAUAUUCCCCUGUCCCAUGGAAAUCUCCUCUGAUUUAUGACCCAAAACGACGGCUGGAGGCCUGGAGAUUCAUCUCGUACAUGUUCCUUCAUGCUGGUUACGUCCAUCUGCUGUCAAAUGUAAUGGUGGCUUUGUUUGUGGGCAUUCCAUUGGAGAUGGUUCACCGUUGGUGGCGACUCCUCAUCCUGUACCUUGCAGGAGUUAUUGCGGGAUCUCUAGCUGCUUCUAUGUUUGAUCCACAUUCUUACUUAGUUGGUGCGUCUGGUGGUUGUUAUGCCCUGAUUGCUGCCCAUUUGGCUAACGUCAUUAUAAACUGGGGAGAGAUGCCUUUCAACUGGGUCAGACUGCUGGUCCUGAUCACACUGAUGGGUACUGACAUCGGAGUCUUUGCCUACAUGACUCUCACCAAUUCAAGCACAAGAAUCAGUUAUGUAGCCCAUCUUGCUGGAUUUGUAGCAGGUUUGCUGGUGGGAAUGGUUACAUUGCGGAAUCUUAAAGAGCACCGUUGGGAAAUCGUCCUAAAGUGGAUUGGGCUUUCCAUCUUCCUUAUGCUCAUUGCUGCAGCUGUUACCAUUCAGGUUGCAUUCCCAGACCUUGUUGGUCUCUAUCCACCAAUGCCGGAGAAAGCUAUUUAGUUAGAUUUCUGUACCAAAGGAUAUGGAUAUUAACUUGCAAGUUAAUAUUUGUCAAGAUUUCUUCAUGUGGAACAAUUGCAUCUCACAGGGAACAAUUAAGUACAAUAACUGACAAAUAUCAGCAUACCUGUAGAUGAUAAUGAAUGUCAUCAAUAAUUGAAACAGUCAUAUAUUUUGCCAUUUCACAUGUGCUGAAGAUUUCCUUCCUGCUCUAUCAUCUUGCUUUUGUAAGCAAUAUUUUCCUUUUUUUAUAUACUUCUAUGCCAACACCUUUAUGGUAAUUACCUCCUCCUUUUUCCAAGACUAAAUAACAAAUAUAGGCUUCUGCAUGUUAUAUAAAGUAUCUUGUCCGCCUUUGAUAUUGUUUAGUGUAUUGAACACAUCCAGUCAGUAUUUGAUGUAUCAGUAAACAAUUUUGCAGCCACAAAAUACUUGGCACUUUGUAGGUAUUGUUUACAUAAGGAAUUGUUUAACCUUGUUUUCUGAUGUUUUCUCUAUAUCUGCAAAAUUGAUAAUUCAUUCAUUGGAAGAAGUGGACUUCUAUAAAUAGAAUUUAUUUUCUUCUGAUUAUUUAUUUCAGAUAGAAAGAGGAAUUUAUUUAAAAUCUUAUUUAUAUUCAUAAUUUAGACAUUGUAUUAAUGUAAUUAAAAAUGACAUUUCCUUAUAGUGAAUGACUUACAAGGAAUAAGUACAAGACAGGAAGAGGAAUGGGAAAAUUAUGUGAAUCUCGAGCCAUAUGUGAUAAAUUCGUGUAGAAAUUAUGCUUUAAUUAUUUACAACGAUUCCCAUCUAUCCAGCACAUUUGCUCAAAAUGUGAAGCAUCUGUUGUGUAAUAUUUUCCCAUAAAGAACAUUUGAAUCUCAUUUUUACUGUAUUCAGUUUUUUGUACUAGAGGGCAUAUUUAUAUUGUUUUGAUAUAUUAUUUAUGUAUUUCCUUGAUGUAUAUUUUUAUAAUAUAUCUCUUCCAUAAACAUAGUUUGGUAUAUAUUUAUGUAAAUGUGUUAUCAAUGGUUGUUAAUCUGCAGAUAUGAGUCAUGUAAAGAAUAUUACCUAUUACAUUAUUUUAAUUACAUAUUUGAAUACCACAUUUUCCUGGAACCAAAAUAUGAAGUUGUAUUCUUAUAUCUGCAGUAUCAUAUAAGACCAAAUCUCCACAUUAUAGAUAUGAUUAUAGUUUCUAUUAGAGUGUAUUAUAGAGUCUUUGUUUUUUGAAGGAUAUACAUUAUCUCAGUUUAUUUAUUUUGUUAUUUAAAAAGCAUAGCUUGUAGAAUACUCACCCUGUAGAAUCUAUAUUAUUUUUUUUCUUAUUCUGUGUGCUAACUUUGUAUGAAUGAGGAAUCUCGUUAGAUUUAACAUGAUUUUGCCAUAAUUAUUGUGUGAAUUUUGCCAAUACUUUCUUGGACAUUAGAACAUUUGAUGGAUGUUUAUGUUCAUUUGUAUAAUACACAAUCUUAAAAAAUACUAUUAAGAGAAAAUGGUAAAGAAUUGAGGAAGAAGAGUUACUUGUACAGUUUUUUUGAUUUGAUAGUAAGAUAUAAGUGCCUACCAUUUAUAGAUCUUUAGUAUUUUUUAUGCAUACUCUAGGUUGAUUAGAAAAAUUUUGUAUUCAGUUAUAUACACACAAAAUCCA